CGUCACAAAUGAAGAUGUGAUAACGUUUAAGAAAAGGACAGCGAGAGAGCCAUCAACAGAUUUCAGCCGAGGAGCAACGAGCAUCAAAGAUGAACCUGGACGAGGAUGGCGGCCUUUCAGUGAGCUGUGGCAAUGGCAAACUGAGGCAGUGGCUGAUUGACCAGAUUGAGAGCGGGGGAUAUCCCGGCCUAGUUUGGGAAAAUGAUGAAAAAUCCAUCUUCAGGAUUCCGUGGAAACACGCAGGAAAACAAGACUACAACAGAGAGGAGGAUGCUGCACUAUUCAAGGCAUGGGCAUUGUUUAAGGGAAAAUAUAAGGAAGGAGUCGACAAGCCAGACCCCCCUACAUGGAAAACUAGACUACGUUGUGCUCUUAAUAAAAGCAAUGACUUUGAUGAGUUAGUGACAAGAAGUCAACUGGACAUCUCAGAGCCCUACAAAGUCUACAGGAUCAUUCCAGAGGAAGCUAAAAAAGGGAUGAAGAUGAGCAGUAUGGAGGAGACAACCUCACAUGUGAACACACAUGGUUAUAUCCCUGCAUACACACCUCUACACAACCAGGGACCUGGAUUUACCUUUUCUCAGGAGAGAAGAGACUGGAGGGAUUACUCGCCACCAGAGCAACAGCCUCUUCCUCAUGCGCAACAUCCGGGGCCACAUUCAGAUGUGCAGUAUGGUCAAAGCCACUACCCAUCAGCGUUUGGCAGGGCCUGGCCAGGGUCUCACACAGAGAAUGGUUUUCAGCUCUCAUUCCACACCUACCUUUCAGAGUCUCAACUGCCCAUGUACACAGUGGACCACAACAAUGCCAUCACAGAUUUCAGCCUGCAUGUGUCCCUUUACUACAGAGAGUCUUUGGUGAAGGAAGUCACCACCACCAGCCCAGAAGGUUGUCGAAUCACCUCUUCUUCACCCUCAUCUCCAUCCUCUUCCUCGUCUUCUUCCCCAUGCCCGGAGGACAAGUUUCACAGCGGGGCUGAGGUCAUCCUUUUUCCAUUCCCGUACCCCGAGUCUCACCGGCAGGGUGCUGAGAAGCUCCCUAAUGUCCUGGAGAAGGGUGUGCUCCUGUGGAUGACGCCUGAUGGGUUAUAUGGAAAACGCCUCUGCCAGGGACGCGUGUAUUGGGAAGGACCUCUGGCUCCAUAUUCAGAUAAACCCAACAAGCUGGAGAAGGAGCAGGCGGUCAAACUGUUUGACACUCAACAAUUUCUUAUUGAGCUUCAGGAUUUUAUUCACAACGGCCGGCAUUUACCGAGACAUCAGGUGGUGCUGUGUUUUGGAGACGAGUACCCUGAUCCACAGCGCCCAAGGAAGAUGAUCACAGCACAGGUGGAGCCAGUGUUUGCAAAAAAACUGGUGUACUAUUACCAGCAGAACAAUGGCCACUUCCUGCGGGCGUUUGACCACAUCCAGGAACAGAACACAUCUCCAACUAUUGACUAUCAUGCUCAGAGACCUCUACAACACAUUCAGGAGUAAUGAGUAAGGAGUAAGGAGCAUGAAUUCAAACACACACACACACACACAGACACACACACACACACACACACACACACAUACACUGUGACGCAGAAGGGCAUGAAUGUGAAUGUGAACCGCUGCCCCUUGAUCACACCUUGUGCCUGCAGCAUUGUGCACUGUAAAAGAAACUGAGGGGUAGAGAUGGGGAAGACCCUGUUGUCUUCACGUUUGCACACCUAUAUGUCACACUUUUGUGUCUGUGACUGUGGCAGUGAUGUGUUUUUCUUCUUCUACUAGUGAUAUUGUGACAGUGUGUAGGAUGCGGUUUGAGGCUGGGGGUGAUGAGGGGAGCGGAGGGCGACUGAGACAGGAAGUACUAGCACAGGUGCACAGGAAGAAUGGCCCCUAAAGGCUCACACUCAUAUCUCAAAUAUGAGUGAAUGCGUAUGGUAUUUAAACAGGUAACAGUUGACAGCUAUGUGAUUGCUUCAAUUUUAACUCUCAAGUGGAACUCAGGACAAUCACAGACUAUGCACAAUUUGACUAAAACCAUGACCUACAGUACUUGAUAAGAUAAGAUCUUCAGAGGGGACAUUCAGGUGAGCAGAAUAGUAAAGUGGUACUCGUGCUUAGUCCACUAUAGACCUAAGUUCUAGGUUUCGGGUCAUUAAGUCUAAAUGUGAAAGAAAUUGAUGUAGCCACAUGUCUGGUACUGUAGUAAACAAACUGUUGCCACAAAUUGUUUACUUCUGGGCGGCAAUAUGUCAAAUUGAAGGCACUGACAAAAAUCUAUUUCUUACAUAAGCGUCUUUAAAAAACCUCUAAAAGUAUCAGAUUCAUCCUAACUAUGUCAAACUGAUGAGAAAGCUCACAAAAACUGUCUGUAGAUCGCUAUCUAGAAGAAAUGUGCUUGUGGUAGAUAAUGUAUUUAACUUGUAUAACCCACUAUGACCUACCUUUUUUAAAUGUAAUUUCAAGCCACACUUUUUUUUUUAACAGAUAAUGCUUGUUAACAUUAGAAAUCAAACAUGUGUUUUAAGUUAAAAUGUGUAGAAGCUUUUCAAACAUGUUUUUUGCACUGAAACACACAAAGCUGGUUUCCAGUUGUGCAGAAGACACCUACAAGGGUCAUUUGGUGCGCAAAUCAUGUUUAUUAGGUUAUCUUAUAUCAGAGUUUUUUUUUUAGAUUUUUUUUUACUUUAUAUUGUAAAUUAUGUACAUUUUCAUGUAGGCUUAGCCCUGCAGUUUUUUAUAAAGGAAAUGCACUUGAUUUGUAAGGGUUUCUUAAUGCGGGUUUGCCUGUAAUCUUAGCUUUUUAUGAAACCCCUAAAAACAACAAUAAAAGGUUGUAGACCACUAGUUUUAAUUGUGAGAGCAGCUUGAGCCUUAAGGUCCAUCACCGCUCAAAGUGACCUGACCAGAAUGAGGGAGGUCUCUGGAAAAGUCACACUCAUCCCGUAACUUGUAAGGAAACCUGUUCCUUUUUUAUCUGAAACUAGCGACCCCGCAAAUGGGAAGAAAAACUACCUUUGCGGUCUGCAUGCAGGCCUGGAGAGGGAGGAGCACUCAGGUUCCCAUGCCUGACAUAGUGCACAGGUUCUCACGCUGCAAUCCAGACAUCCCAACGCUGAGGAAUGAGUAUACAUCUCAAGAUUUAAAAUAAAUUCCAACAGUGAGAAUAGUGGAAUCCAACGCUGUUGAAUUCCUAGUGGCUAACGCUGCAGUGUUGGGGGGUUAAGAUUUUGUUAUGUUUUUGUUCUGUGGUCCAGAGUUUCGAUCUCUACAUGUACUUCCUUCACACUUUAAACCACAUCACUUUCACAAAGUCUGACCAAAAUCACAGGCAGGAAUCAUUUUCUUUAUGGCUGUUUUUGUGUGUCUCUGAACAAUAAAACCUCCCUGUCAUAUAUCUAGUUAAUCACUCACUGUGAAAUGAUUUCUGACUUGACUUCACCUUCAGAUGUUUGCCUUAAAAAACAGAAUGUUCUAUUUUGUUACAGUUAACCCUGAGUGUGUGCAUCUGUGUAAUAAAGGACCUGUAGUGGGUUCAUGUUUGUCCUUAUAGUUGCACAAUGACUGUAAUCAGGAUUUGACAUUCACGGACUCAGGUUACAACAUGUGACUCCCCCACCUACAAAACCAGUGACUCAAACUCAGACAGGCACACUUUCUCACAUCACAUUUACAGUUACGGCAAAACAUUUUAGAACAGACUAUAAGGGAAAUUUCAAAUUAAGUGUAUAUACUGGCGUUUUGUAUAAUAUUUGAUUAACAAUGUAUGCCAAAGAUUGGUGUGGAUUACUAAGAGUUUGAUUUAUAUAAAACUGCCAAAUGGAUAAAAGGACUUAUAUUGAAAUAAAGUUAUCUUUUUCCUACUA